GUUAUGCUUACGAACUACCAGUAUGCGGGCACGUGCGGGGAGGAGGCGUGGGGCCACCACUCGCACUACUCCGCCGCUCAGGCCAACGCCGUCGAGGUUAUGAGGGAGGCUGUCUCGUAUUUCCUCGGGGGCGACCUUGGCAGGUGUCAGCUGCCCCUCCUUAGUGAGAUCUCGACGCGGGCGUCCAGCGCUUACGACAUCGACAGUGGCACGCGUGCGCUGCCCCUUAGGCUGGGAGAACUACGACCUGGCCUACCAGCAGCUGAUGUCGCUGGCCGGCUGGACCCUCGUGCUCACGUCAGCCCUGAGGUGCUCACCUGGUUGGACGACCCGUCGGUGGCCCUCCUGCCACGUGCCCAGUGGCCUUCUGAGGUUCCGAAGGCGAGGCUGCUGGUCGACUCGCCUGCGGAGUGGGCGAGGAUCGUUGGCCACUUGUACUCGCUGGGGAUCGUGGAGGCCAUAGAGGACGAGCAGAUCUUUCGGGCUGACGGCGUCCCCGUGCUCAACGGCGCCUUCGCAGUUGAGAAAAGGGGCGUGCCCGAGGCUGGUGAGCAGAGGCAGUGCCGCUUCAUCAUGAACAUGGUGCCAGCGAAUAGUUACCUGAAGAUCAUGACCCAGGACCUGUCGACGCUGACGGCCUCGACCUCUUGGGUUACGGUGGUGUUGGAGGGCCAGCGCGUCUUGCUCUGGUCGGGUGACGACCAGCAGGGCGCCUUCUUUGUCUGGAAGAUCCCGCGGGCCUGGCGCAGCUUCACGACAUUGAAGGGCCGUGUCCCCGGCCGCCUUGUGGGCCGCCCAGAUCUGAAGACGGUGCAUGUGUGUUCAGCCGUUAUACCGAUGGGCUGGCUGCUGGCCGUCACGCUAUUCCAACACCUUCAUAGACGCCUGGGCCUGCGCCCUCCCCCCGCUGGAGCGGGCCUGCCUGAAGUUGAUGAGUGGAGGAGGGACAAGCCUCUUCCCAUUGCUCAGGUGGGCGGUUGCAGGUCUUGGUACCAGUUCUUCAUCGACGACUUCGAUGCCCCCAGGAUCGUGAACGACACCGAGGGGGAGGUCGGCGUCGGCUCUGCUUACCAGGAGCAACAGAGGGCUUCCUACCAGCGCAACGGCGUGGCCUGGGCCGAGCACAAGGCCCACCUCGGGGAGACGAAGGUCGAGAGGAUGGGCGUGCUCGUGGAUGGUCUGCGCGGGCGCGUCUCGGUACCUCUCAUGAAGCUCUUCGAGACCAUGCUCUUGGGGGCCCUGCUGGUGACCAAGGACUGGGUCUACUGGAAGACCAUGCUCGUGCUCCUGGGCAAGCUCGUCAGGGCUUUGGAGUUCAGGCGCGUCCUCUUUUGCAUCCUCAACGAGGUCUGGAAGUUCGCGGAUGGCACUCACUCUGGCUGGGUCAACUCGGAGAUGAACGAGGAGAUCCUCAGCGGCGUGGGCCUCCUCCCGCUUGCCUUCACGGACCUUCGCGCGGAGGUCGAUGCGAGGGUUACCUGCUCUGACGCCUCGGAGGAUGGUGGAGGCGCCUGCACGUCGCUGAGGCUGUGCCCCGAGGCCCUCUCGAAGCUGACGGCUGCUGCCGCUGCAGGCCAGGAGGGCAGGCAACACCUCAUGGCGGGCCGUCUGCUGCUGGGGGAGGCGUCGCUUUGGCGAGCGUGGGAGUCGAGGAACCCUGGUUUGCCGCCCCCUGCUGGGGAUCGGAUACCUGCUGUCCUGGUCAUAGGGCUGUUCGACGGCAUCGGGGGCAUGAUCGUCUCGCUCUCAAGGCUCCGCACGAAAAUCAUUGGCUACGUCUCGUCGGAGGUUGACCCCAGCGCGCGCAGGGUCGUCAGGAAGAGGUGGCCCGGCCUCAUCGACUGGGGGAACAUCAGAGACGUUGGGACUCAACGCAUUGACAAGCUGGUCCAGCUCUUCGGCGGGAUUGUCGACGUGGUCUACUGUGGCGCCGGCAGUCCAUGCCGAGACCUGUCGAGGCUGAUGUUCGGCAGGAGGGGGCUCGAGGGCCAGAAGAGCGCACUCUUUCGCGAGAUGCCGCGAAUCCUGGGGCUGCUGAACGCCGCGUUCCCUGGGAAGGUCCGCUCCCUCAUCGAGAACGUCGCCUCCAUGCCCCUCGAGGACAUCGAGCGCAUCUCUAGCGAGCUCCAGGUCACACCAUAUCGGUUCUGCAGCAGUUGCCUGGUCCCCAACAGAAGGCCGCGGUUGUACUGGCUCUCGUGGCGGUUGCUGCCGUGCAAGGGCUAUAGCUACCAGGACAGGGGGCACUUCGUCGAUGUCAUCUCCGACGGCGCGGCGCGCGUGGAGCUGCCCUGGACCUCCCCUGGCUGGAUCUGGAAUGGUGGCUCGCUGCCUGUGCCGACGCUAGUCUGUGCUAGGCCCUCUUUGUUACAGCCUACUCGACCUGCUGGAAUUGCUCGGGCCAGCCCCGAGGCGAAGGCUCGUUGGAAAAAGGACGAUCAUCGUUACCACGUCGGCCUUUACGAGAACGCCUGCCUACUCCAGCAUGAGGCCACCAUGGAGCUCCGCCCCCCGUCGGCAGAAGAGAGAGAGGUCCUCUUGGGGUUCGAUCGAGGAUACACCGAGUGUGCCGUAAAAGACGGGUCUGGCUCGAGCCUCGAGACCACGCGCUGCUUCCUGCUUGGGAAUAGCUUCUCAGUCUAUGCGGUCUCAUGGCUGCUGCAGCACUCCCUGGUCGCCGACGAGUUCCAGCCACAGCUGUGGGAGCCCCAUGCCCUGUGCCACACGGGCAAGUGCAGGGCCCCGUGGAACGACAGCGCAAUCUACCACCAGGGCGACGACUACCAGUACGAGCCCGAGGCGGAGCAGCUCGUGCGGCACUACCUGUCUAUCGCAGAGAGAGGGGGCACGGACGUGCGCUUGGACGUGCACCUCCCGUUCCGGCACCGCGCGUGGCCGCGCGUGUCGCUCGAGCCCAACGUUUGGAUGUGGAAGGUGAUCUCAAGUUACCGUUGGCGUGCUGGAAUCGGGAAGCACAUCAACGCCCUCGAGAUCCAGGCGGCCGUGAACACCAUCAAGUGGAGGCUGCGGUCGGGCACGGGCCGCCCCAGGCGCAUGCUACACCUGAUCGACAGCCAAGUCGCCGCUUCGGUGCUGACAAAGGGCCGCAGCAGCAGCAGGGUCCUGCGGAUGCACGUCAAGCGCUGGGGGGCCUUGUGCUGGGCGACAGGCUGCUACGUCAUGCUUGGCUACAUCGCGUCGGAGGACAACCCCGCCGACGCGCUCUCUGAUCUCAGGGUCAGCGCGGUCACGCUCAAGAGGUACCGUAUCGCCGUCGCGGAGUUCCUCGCCUUCGCCAUCGAGGGUGGCUUCCCGCUGAACAGCUCGGCCGAGGCAGACAGCGCGCUGGGCGCCUACGUCGAGGACCAGUGGGCGAACGAGGGCACGCUCAGCCAUGGGCGCUAUGCACUCGCCGGUUGCCUCUUCUUCGCCCCCGAGCUCCGCACGGCCCUGCCCUUUGCGUGGUCCCUGGUCAAGACGUGGCAGAAGCUGGCGCCCAUCCAUCGCGCCUAUCCGGCCAGCCCCGAGAUGGCGCUCGGGCUUGCAGGUGCUGCAGUCUCGGUCGGCCAGCCUCUGCUGGCUGCCCUGGUCCUCGUCACGUUUGAUGCGAUGCUUCGGACCAAAGAGCUGCGUGAUCUUACAUAUGAUGAUAUCACGUUCGCCGAGGGCGGCGUCAUACUGCGCCUGUCAGAAACGAAGAUGGGCGUCAGGACCGGCAAAGUGCAGUUCGUUGUGGUGCGAACGCCCGUCGCAGUGAACUUGCUGCGGGUGGCUGCGGAGCGCGCCCAGCCCACGGACCAUCUGUGCCCGUACACGUACGUGCAGCUCCAGCGGCUCCUGAAGUCGCUCCUCGCUGUCGCCUCGAUCCCGCCUGCGCGCUGGUCCUGGUGCAGCUUCAGGCGAGGAGGCGCCUGCCAUGGCUCCCAGCGCGGCGCAAACCCCCGCAUAUUCAAGAGCUUCAACGCCCCGGAGCCUGUGGACCAGAAGGAGCAGAAGGAGGUUAUGCGCCUUCUGGAGUCUGGCGACCUCUUCCGCUACAAUCGGGAAGACGCGAAUUCGCCCGUGUCCCUCGUGGAGAAGCAAAUAGCCGACUACAUGGGCUUCAAGUACUGCGUCGCGCUGAAUUCGUGCGGCUCGGCCCUGUUCCUGGCCUGCAAGGCCGCGGGUGUGAAGGAGGGCACGAAGGUGCUCGGCAACGCCCUCACGUUCGGGGCCGUGCCCUCCGCCGUGCACCACGCGGGUGGAGAGUUUGUCUUCGUCGAGAGCACCCGCGACAUAGUUAUCGAUGUCAGCGACCUGGCGCUGAAGGCCGACGAGUCCGGCGCCAAGUUCCUGAUGCUCUCGCACAUGCGCGGCCGCGUCGCCGAGCUGGACCAGGCCAGCUCCUCGCCCCGCGGGCAGAUCACGCGCUAG